ACAAACCAUUCUCUAAGUUUGCAUCUAUAAAUACAAACAGGCCCAAUAGUCAAUUCUCAACAUCGAAUUGGUUCAUUGCAUUCGCAUCCAAUUUUAAUUUCAUUUUCUUUCACUCAGACAUGGAAGCAACUUGUCUAUGUUCCUCCUCACUUCUUCCUUUGCCAUUUUUGCCUGCAGGCAAAUCUCAGUGCACCAGAACUGGAUUACUGCACAGGAGAACAAUGCCAAAGAGAUCAUCAAGUGCUAGUGCCGGCACUACCGGUCUUGUCAUUGUAGCAGCUGCGAGAGACAACCGCGAAGGGCCAUGGCGAUCUGUGGUCGAUGAGAGCUUGAUCGUUCUGAGAAAACGCAUUCACGAGAUGAAAAUGGUGGAGAGGAACUACGAGCCUCCUCAGGAAUGGAUGCAUUGGGAGAAGCAGUGUUACGCAAGUUAUGAUGACCAUGUUUGUAACAUGGUGGGUUGUCUUCAAUCGUGCCUCAUGAACACCAGGCCUAGUGUAGCCCUUUCUGUGCUACUUCUAUUCGCCGUCAGCGUCCCGGCAUCAACGGCCAUGAUCUUGCUACGGUUCAUGGAGGUGGCUAAUGGGGUUCUGUCUACCAUUCAUCAUUUUGGUUGAUAUGGUUAUAACAAUUAGCUUUGUAAUUGUAAAAGUACAAUGUGAUUGAUAGGGAUUUUGUAUAUUUAUUUCUUUCAAUUGGACUUUUCUAUAAU